AGUGGCAAUUUCGGUACUUGGAUAAAGUGCAUAAAAAACAGUUAUCCGAGUUAUCCAUAUUUUUGUGUCUAGUCUAGAGCUCUCUGCAUUAUUUUCAUUUUUCCAUUAGAAAUUGUUAAUAUCUUUACACAGUUUAGUUAAAAGGAGCUUUAAAAAUAUUUUUUCUGUUAACCAAGAAAAAAAACAACAGCUAUGGCUGAGGAAAUGAAUUUCCGGAGCCAGGAAGAGCCUUUUGUUCAGGAUCCCCCAUCAAGCAGCAGUCGACCUUUGGAAUAUAUGUUGCGUGGAAGUGGCAAUAGCUCGCUCAGUCGCGAGAGAGAAGAAUUGAGAAGAGUAGUGAGGUCGUCUGGAAGUCAAAAUAUUGCACUAUCUUUCGUAGAUGAUAUCAUAUACUCAGAGGAUGGUAGUAUAGAAGAAGUGGUAGCAAAAGAAGUGACAGAAGGAACGCCAGAAGGGAUUGAUUUACAGAUGGGAACUGCCGGCACUUCAGAAGAGCCAAUUAUCCAAGAAAAUGAGAGUACCACAGAACCUACGUCGAUUCUCCAAGACGCCCUGAUUGUUUAUGAAAAGAAGACACCAGAGAAUGAUGUGGAAAUUGCUGAAAGGGGUGCACUGGAAAAAUCUCUGAUACAUAGGAGCUCAAGAGAUACUCAGCUUUCUUUAACUUAUUUCUCGGAGACUGAUACACCUAUAGAUCUAGGAGACACAGAACAGGAAACUUCGGAAGAACUUCUAAAGGAAGGACAGACACAACUGGAGCCAGAUACUGAGACGACCAUGGACGAUGCCUUAAAAAGUCAGGAAGGAUCAGAACCAGAGAUUCUCCAGGAACAAGAACAGAAUUUUGCACAAGGAGAAACUUCGAUUGCUGAAUUAACAGCUGAAAAGUCCUCUAAGGAAGGGUGGGAAGAUGAAGGAUUACAGGAAAUGGAAGGAAGGGAUGCACAUAAUGCAGAGGAAGAAAUUGCAAAUAAUUUGUUACAGCAAAGUGAAAUGUUUUCUGGUGAACAAUCGUCAGAGGUCCAUUUAAUUAAUGAAGACAGCACUGAGGAACUUCUGGAAAAUACAAUAGAAAGUGAAGCAAAUGAAAAAGAAUCUGAGGCCCAGGAUAUGCAAAAAGACAAGCACAGUGAUGGUCAGAAAAAUGUUCAAGAAGAAUUGCUGAGUGAGUCACAAGAUAUUGGAGAAGUCAGUAACUACUCACCAAGUGCUCAGAUGAGUGUAAAUCCAAGCGUGUCCAGUAUAUCACCAGAUGUCAUUCCUAAUCAAAGCGGAGAAGCUGCUGAAAAAUGGGUACCGGUUGCAGAAUGUUUCGAAAAUCUAAGGCGGAAGAAAAUCCAACAGGGUGAUACGCAGAGCAGUGUGUCGCCUAAAGAUAAAGAGGUAUACAUAUCAAAAAUGUUGAAAAUUCUCCCACUCCUAAGACUACAGAAAGGAAAAGAGAAUGAAUUUCAGACAAUAAAGAACCGAAGAUUAAAAGAUAAUUCGGACGAUGAAAUAACUCAAGCUUGGGAUCUACUAGAGAAGAUGGUGACACGACCUCGUAAUGUGCAGGCAAUCCCGAAAAUUUCAAUAAAGGGAGAAGUAGAAGAAAGUCUGGAUAAUACAGCAGAAGUGAGAAGUAAUCUUCUUGUUCAAAGUGCCCAAUCAAACCACUCAUCAAAGAAUAAGCGGAAGAAAGCUGAAGGAAAUAAUGAAGUAGGGAGCAACAUGUGUCCCCGAAAGCUUUUCAUGGCUAAAAAGAAAGAUUCUCGUUGUGAAAAUGAUGGAUCAUCUUCAGAUUCUAGCGAUUCCAUUUCUACUAAUUCAACUGUGAUCUUUGUACCAUCGCAGAUGAGCGUUAUGGUGUUGUCUGAUGAAUCUCUGCUUACCCCGUCACCUCCUCCUGCUCAAUCUCUACCUCAAGCCUCUAAGCCUUCACAGAACAUGAUACCAACACAAACGGAAACGACUAAAGAUAAUGACAAUUUUCCACCCUUUGCGCCGUCUCCAGAACAAGACGAUGAUUUUCCACCAUUUGCGCCGUCUCCAGGAGGUGACGAUGAUUUUCCACCCUUUGCGCCUUCUCCAGCAAAAUAGACAGAAUUUCCUUUACAUAUUUGAGGACUCUCCAUAACACUCCUCUCUACUCUACUCUGAUAUUAAAUGUAGCCUUCAAUGUAAUGUAAUCUAUAAUUUUGAAUUAAAAUUGAAAGUGAUUUUUUAAGAACAUUA